UGAAACCCGCGGUUGCUAUUGGUCACUUUCUUGUAAUGCGUGGACGUACACGGAAGCGAGUCUCUGUGACGUGAUGUGGACAAAAUGAUCGGAGACCUAUUGAUAUUUGGGACCUUACUGGUGAAUGCAGGAGCUGUGCUGAAUUUCAAGCUCAAAAGGAAGGAGUCUCAAGGAUUUGGAGAUGAGUCGAGAGCACCGACAACAGGUGACAACAUCAGAGAGUUUCUGCUCAGCCUGCGGUACUUCCGGAUCUUCAUCGCCCUGUGGAACAUCUUCAUGAUGUUCUGCAUGAUCCUAUUAUUUGGAUCAUGAUCAACACCCGUGGGAUGGAUGACGUCUAUCAGAAUGCUGACAACAUGGAUGACUACUUGUUUAUUAGUUGCUCUUUUGGCCCCUUAAAACUGUAAUUAUGCUCCAUUUACCUUAAGAUCCCAAAGCGUAAAGCUACUUCUGUUUGAACAGGUAUUUAGGAAUUACUGGAUAUAUUGUUUCCUACAGAAGUUGUUACUUUUUGACCCUUCUUGUUAGAGCUGUUACUGUAUCAGUCCCCCCCACCUCUGAUGUACAUGUGUUGUCUCCUGUCCUUGUAUAUGCUUGCAAAUCACGGCAUGUUACCUCUAGAACAGUGGUUCCCAAUAUUAUAUAUAUAUAUAUGGUUCCAGGGCCCACAUAUUAAAAAAAAUAAAUGAAUUCAUUGAUUAAAAUCCCAACAGGAAUGGCCUACACACACUUGUUUUUACCAAAAUGAUUUAGUAAAAACUAUCUGUGUGUUAUCAACAUUUUUGGUAGUGCAGAUCUAACACCCUUCUGAUAACAUAACAGACAAAGCUUCUUGCCUCCUCUCUCUCCUGAGAUCUCUGACCCCGAUCGGGAUCAAAGCUCUUGCCUAUCAGUUUACAAAUUCGACACACACCAGGUUUGAAAAUGCUGUCAGAGUUCAAAUGGAUUCAACAAGAUCCUUCAAAAUGUCCACUCUCACUUAAAGAAGUCUGGAUUUCCUCUGUCAGUGAUAAGUGACAAAAACAUUUCCCAUUUACCCAUCAUCUGUGAUGCAUUGCAUUGUCAAUACAGACCAUUUUAAUGCAGCCCCUCAGAUAUAAAACAAAUUCCAUGUUGCUGAGCUCUGAGGCAUGUGCUGUAUGUAAAUGUAUAUGCACUGUUAUGUAAAUGUUUCUUUAUUAACAAUAAAAAAAAAAGUUUUCUUAUCUAA